GUCGGUGGCAUUGGCGGUGACUUGCUGCGUGUUUGCUCCCUCCGUGUCUGUCGACAUCAGGUCCUCCUCCAGCCUCUUUAAACUGCCUUCGCCGCCGAACAGACGACAUUUUCGGGGUUCGGUCUUCAGCUGUCCGUCUUCACAGCCUCGUACCGGUGUGUGCGUUUCGGAGAACGUUUUUUUCUCUGUCGGAGCGUCUGGAACCGAAACCGAGCACUCACGGAGCCCUGUUCUACUUCAGUGGGCGGAUAAAGCGGAGGACGGCAUCCGGGCCUGGCAGCUCCGGAGAGUCGGCUCGAAACGACGGAAUUCAUCAUUUUCAGGCCGUGUGCUGCCCUGCCAUGGAGAAGAUGAAGAGGAUUAAGAAGCGUCUGUCUUUAACACUGCGUCCCAGCCAGACCAUCGACGAGUCUCUGUCUGAACUGGCCGAGCAGAUGACCAUCGAGGACGGCGGCACCAAGGACAACGAGCCCUUCAUGAGGAAUGGCCGCCCCCCCACCUCCCACAGCAUGCACUCCUUUCUGCACCAGUACACCGGGUCCUUCAAGAAGCCGCCCCUGCGUCGGCCACACAGCGUCAUCGGUGGCACCCUGGGGUCCUUCAUGGCCAUGCCACGCAACGGCAGCCGCCUGGACAUUGUGCACGAGAACCUGAAGAUGGGUUCUGACGGGGAGAGCGAUCAGGCAUCGGGGACGUCUUCAGACGAGGUCCAGUCUCCAACUGGAGUCUGUCUGAGGAACAGAGUCCACCGACGAAUCUCCAUGGAGGACCUCAACAAGCGCCUGUCGCUGCCUGCUGACAUCCGAAUUCCCGACGGCUACCUGGAGAAGUUGCAGCUCAGCAGCCCGCCCUUCGACCAGCCGCUCAGCCGACGUUCCCGCCGAGCCUCGCUGUCGGAGAUUGGCUUUGGGAAGCUGGAGACAUACAUUAAGCUGGACAAACUGGGAGAGGGAACGUACGCCACAGUUUUUAAAGGUCGCAGCAAGCUGACGGACAACCUGGUGGCACUGAAGGAGAUCCGGCUGGAGCAUGAAGAAGGAGCCCCGUGCACCGCCAUCAGAGAAGUGUCGUUACUGAAGGACCUGAAACACGCCAACAUUGUGACAUUACACGACAUCGUCCACACCGACAAGAGCCUCACGCUCGUCUUCGAGUACCUGGAUAAAGAUCUGAAGCAGUACAUGGAUGACUGUGGAAAUAUAAUGAGCAUGCAUAAUGUGAAGAUCUUCCUGUUCCAGAUUUUGCGAGGGCUGUCGUAUUGUCAUAAGAGGAAAGUUCUCCACAGGGACCUGAAGCCACAGAACCUCCUCAUCAACGAGAGAGGAGAACUCAAACUGGCUGAUUUUGGUCUGGCGAGGGCAAAGUCUGUCCCGACUAAAACCUAUUCCAACGAGGUGGUGACACUUUGGUACCGGCCUCCUGAUGUUCUGCUGGGAUCCUCAGAGUACUCAACACAGAUUGACAUGUGGGGUGUUGGCUGUAUAUUCUAUGAGAUGGCUGCGGGUCGGCCUCUGUUCCCAGGCUCCACUGUGGAGGACGAGCUCCACCUCAUCUUCAGGCUACUGGGCACACCCACAGAGGAAAACUGGCCAGGAAUCUCCGCCAUCGAAGAGUUUAAAUCCUACAAUUUCCCCAAAUACAAACCUCAGCCGAUAAUCAACCACGCCCCCAGGUUAGACGGUGAGGGCAUCGAGCUGCUGCUGGCUUUCCUCAGAUAUGAAUCCAAGAAGAGGAUUUCAGCUGAAGAGGCGAUGAAACAUUCCUACUUCAGGCAGCUUGGGAUGAGAGUGCACACACUGCCUGAGAGCGUAUCAUUAUUCACAUUAAAAGAAGUGCAGAUGCAGAGAGACCCUGGCUACAGGAACUCUUCGUACCCAGAGUCAGGUAACGGCAAGAUCAACAGGCGGCAAAGCAUGCUCUUCUAAUGUUUCCUGAAGAGGAUGCUCCACUGGCCAACUUCAUCAUCAAUUCCCAGCAACGUCUCGCAUGAGCCCACCUCCCCUCGGAGUGACGACCCCCUCCCAUUUACCUGCACGCACACACACACACACACACAUGAACACGCACACACACAUGAACACGCACACAUACCCCUACACCCCUCUGAGUGAGUGACUCUGAGUUGAAUCUAUUUGGAGACUGUGUUUAUUUAUUGGGGGGGCAGGGUGAGGUUGAAUUUUUUGCUGCUAAACUACUACUGUCUGUAUUUAACACACCGUGUGUGUGCGUGCGUGUAUAUGUGUUUGUGUGUGUGUGUGUGUGUGUGUGUGUGUGUGUGUGUGUGUGUGUGUGUGUGUGUGUGUGUGUGCACGUGAUGUGAACUCGAGACGCCAUGUACAGUUGAGCAGUCAGUAAAAUUCCUCUUGUUCUUCUUCUGACUACAAGUCUCCGGCUUCUUUUGAGUUGCAAUUCAACUGAUGUUGAUGUCGACGCUGUGAUCCAAGUUGUUGUUCUUGUUGUGCUUGGAGACUGAAAGCUUCAAUUUCUUCAAAUUUUUUUAAAAAUAUGUAUAUCUACAUAUAUAUAUAUAUUUGGAGAUUAUGUUUUGCUUCUCUUCGAGCUUCCGUGACUGAACUCUACAACAUUUCCAGGUUUAGAAAGGCUGGAACACUAGAUGGUGUUGGAUGGAGGGAAAAAAUGGUUUAUCUGGAUUUCCCAUCGUCAUUUUUCCAAAACAUUUCAGAUUUCAGAAGGCUUGCUGCCCUGGAGAGUUACAGUGAAAGUCAGAAAGCAUGACUGUAAGUGGAUUGACAGCCGAGGAGUUAAAGAAGCACACACAGAGCCCAGCCAACAUCACAACAUCCAGCUUUCGGUUCUUGGGUUCCUUUCCACCAUUCUGGCUCAGCAUCGGGACCAAACUGAGGUGAAGGGAAGGCACACAAUUGGGAAGACUGGCGGAAAGAUGAUGGAAGAGGAAUGCUGGAGCUGGAAACAAAGUCAUGUGACGUCCCACAGGAAGUCAGCAAGCCUUCCCUAAAACCCCUCACUGAACUGCCAGGACUCCACUGCUUUCUUUUCUUCAAAAAUGCAAACUACAUUUUUUCUGCUCUGUGUGUAUUUGGAGGUCUCACUGCAGUAACUCUUUGUUUUUAACUUGCACUUCAGUGUGUGUUUUUUUUUGUUUGUUUUUUUGUUUUUUUUGAAUCAGGGACACUGGCCUGAACACGGCCGAGUUUUACCCAACAGUAUUAAGAUAUGUUCUCUGUGUCUGUGACCUUUGAGCUCUCCUUGUGAAACAACAGUGUCAUUGUGGCAUGUUUUCCAGAGGUGGGAUAGCUGGGAUCGGGAUGGACUGUUCAAAAAGCAAAAUAGUUAUUUUCCAUUUGACGUCGGACCACUGCCCUCUUCAGCAUUUGUACAAAAAAGAGAUUUCAAAUUGAAAUUUUAGAUUGAACUGCCCGCUGUGUCGUUUGCAACUGACAGUGAUGCUACAGAUGAUGAAGCCUGUUGAGAAGUCUGCUUUUGACCACAUGUUUACUGAAGCAAAUGGAAGAUCUCCCCAAAUCACUCUUGCAAAAGUGAUGAGUUGCAUUCCUGCCUUCUUUUAGUUGCAUAUGUUAUUUUUCUCAUUGCUAUGGGCCAAGGUCGGUGUAGCCACAUGUGGUCCAGAUGUUUCCAGGAGUUUCACUGCUUUUAAAGGAAUAGUUUGACAUUUCGGGAGAUAUGAAAUAUGGCAGUUGAGAGAAUAUUGCAUACGAGAAAAUUGGCACAACUAUUUGGAUGCUAAAAAUGAAGGUGCAGCAGCAGAUUGGCUUAGCUUAGCUUCAUUCAACACAAAGACCUGAGAAACAGAAGUAACUAGAAAAAAAUCUGCCCAACAGGACCUGUAAAGCUUACUAACCAACACAUUUUAUCUUCUUUGAUUACGUAAAUGUAAAAACAAGUGUCAGUUUAUCUCAGUUACCUGCUGGACUUUUUCUUAGCUAGCUGCACAUAGCCCUCUUUAAAAUCACGCUGUUUUACUUUUACACUUAGUUUUUUUGUGCAAAUGUAAAAACUAUAAUUCUACAAUUUCUACAGUUUCAUUUAGCAGAUGCUUUUAUCCAAAACUGUGUACAUCUGAGAGUAGAUACAACACAAGCAAGGAUCUGGUCAGGACAAAACAACCUGGACAAGAGCCAUAAAACAAAUCAAGUGAUAAUAGGACCGUGGUGUGGGAGGUAACAGGAUUUUUUUUUUUUUUUUGCAGUCUGUCAAGUGUAAACGUGUUCAGUGAAGAGCUGGGUUUUUCGUCUUUUCUUAAAAGAUGUUACGUGUUAAUUACUAAGCAUUACAGAUGCUGAUGGACAGAUUGUGUUUACCUGCAGAGCUAGCUUUUUACCAGAUUCUUUAGUCUUUAUCUGUGUUUAGGUAAGCUAACUAGCUGCUGGCCCCUGCUAAAUGUUUAGUGUACAUGCACAAGUGUGGCAUCAAUCUUUAUCUCUAACUCUCAGCACAAAAGCCAUUAGGCAUAUUUUCCAAAAUGUCAAACCAUUCCUUUGAAAGAUUAACGGUAAACAUUGCAUUUCUGUGACAGUCUCUGAAUAUCAGAGCGAGGACUAAAAAGGAGCGACUAUUUUGCAACAAAAUUCAACAGUCACGUGGCGGAGAGCAUUUUCUGCACUCACAGUAGCAAAAAACAGAACAGAGUGCAGUACAUAAACAUGUGCACUGAACACCAGGAGUGCACUGAACAUCACACAUUGAACGCGAAUGGAGGUCUGAGGGAGGUUUUCCACUUAGUGCAGCUUGUUUGCUCAACAUUUACAUCGAAAUUUCAUAUUUAUUGUCUGUUGAGAUUUAUAGGAUUUGUCUGAGCAACACUAGAGUUCUCUGUUACAACAUACUGUUUGGGUAGAAAAGUGCUGGAGGCACUGCUAAUGCUUGAUAAAUUCAUUAUUAACUAAGAGCAUUGAUUAACUUUAACACUGUUUUCAGCUAAUAGUGAAAUAAUCCUGUAAACAUUCUGUAUUUUAAUGCAGUACUGAAGUACAGUUCAGUACACACAUGGUUACAACACAAAUUUAGAUGAAUAUACUGUGAACUGUUUACAUUUAAAACAAUGUACCACUUACUGUGUUCAUAGAAAAAAGUCAGUUUAUUAAUGGUAGAUAUCUUGUGAUGUAUUGACCCCACAAUUUGCCCCUCUGCACCUUUAAAAAUAUCGAGCCUUCUUCAGCUCAUAUUGCAUUUCAGUUUUCAGUUGUCUAUCUGUAAGGAUGCAGGAUUAUUUCACUACAAACUGCAAAUUGUGUUUCUGCUAAUAUGACUUUUUGUACAUGAACAGCAGUAACAUGCACGAAAGGAGAUUUCUGUAACAGCUAAAUAUUUAUCAUUGUAAAACUGUACUUUUUCAAAACGUAUGAAUGACCUAAUGUUAUGUGAACAUGUCUGAGCGUGUGUGUGUAUGUGUGUGUGCCUGAUGCAUGGAAGGCCUGCUGUGUUGUGAACUCGACCUCUCUGAAACACUGAGCUGCCGGUGAACAGUUGGUGUGUGACUCUUUUUACUGGAACUAUUUAUUUCUCAUAACCAUCGAAAGUAAAUUUAAACUGUUUCAUAAA